CGGGCUCAUAGAUUGACUUUAGUCUGACCCAGAUAGAUGCAGGCAGAAUCUCUUAGGCUACCACUGAUUCUGUACGGUGCUUCACUUUGUCCAAUCUGAGAUGACAGCAGCCCCAAAUAUGGCUAUGAGCGGCACUGAAGAUAUGCCACGUCAAUUCCCAAAGGUAACUCUGAGUGAGGCAGAGGAGGAAACGCAACUGCUAGCCGAGAAAGUAUAUGCAUCAGCGCUAAAGGAAGAAGACCACAAGGAUGCCUUAUCAAUGUUCACCGUGCCUGAGGACUGCCCAAUUGGCCUCCAGCAAGCCAAGGAACAUGAACUGCUUAAGGAGCUGGCAGAGCAACAGUCGGAAGAGAGUACCAAGAGGAGGAAAAGCUUGAAGAUGAUUCGUUCCCAGUCAAUGUCCCUGCAGAUCCCAGUGAAUACAGACUGGACGCGGUCAGUGGCAGUUACACCAUUCCUGUCCCCUAGCUCCACCUGCUCAUCAUUGCCAGAAAACUGCCCUGAUUACCAGAGGGUCACUAUUAGUGGUGAUUACUGUGCUGGAAUUACAUUGGAGGACUAUGAACAGGCAGCCAAAAGUCUGUUUAAGGCUCUGCUUAUUCGUGAGAAAUACUCAAAGCUAGCCUAUCACAGAUUCUGCAGAACCACUACCCAAUUCCUCCGCAGUGCUGAGAACAUAAGAUGGAGUGAAGAAGAGGAAGUUCUUCCAGAUAUGUGCCCGCAUCCAACAGCUGGGGAAGAUCCCUACAGCAUGGACAACAUCCCAGAGAACCUGAAUUAUGAAUUGAAGAUGAAGGAUGGGAUAGUGUAUGUGUAUGACAAUGCCAAGGCUCUGAGAGCAAACCAGCCCCACGACCUUCCUUACCCAGACUUAGAGACCUUUGCCAUUGACCUCAGUCACGUGCUGGCAAUGAUUGCAGAUGGACCCACGAAGACCUACUGUCACAGACGACUAAAUUUCUUGAGUUCAAAGUUCUACCUUCAUGAGAUGCUCAAUGAGAUGGCUGAGCUAAAGGAACUAAAAAGUGUGCCUCACAGAGAUUUCUACAAUGUUCGAAAGGUGGACACACAUAUUCAUGCAGCUGCUUGCAUGUCUCAGAAACACCUGCUGACCUUCAUCCAGAAAACCUACAAGCCUGAUGCUGACCGUGUGGUGUUGGAAAAGGCUGGAAAAAAGAUGACUCUCCAGCAGGUUUUCCACAAACUCAAUAAGGACCCCUAUGACCUUACUGUGGACUCUCUGGAUGUACAUGCUGGGAGACACACCUUCCAUCGGUUUGAUAAGUUCAAUUCGAAGUAUAACCCAGUGGGAGCCAGUGAACUUCGAGAAAUCUUCCUGAAAACAGACAACCUCAUUGGUGGAGAGUACUUUGCUCACAUCAUAAAGGAAGUGGCCCAUGACCUGGAGGAGAGUAAGUACCAGCAUGCAGAGCCACGUCUUUCCAUCUACGGACGCUCUCCAGAGGAGUGGGACAGUCUGUCUAAGUGGUUCAUUCACCACAAAGUACACUCUCCAAACAUGAGGUGGAUGAUUCAAGUGCCCAGAAUAUAUGACAUUUUCAAGUCGAAGAAGCUGGUACCUAACUUUGCCAAGAUGCUGGAGAACAUAUUCCUGCCUCUAUUUGAGGCCACUGUUAAUCCACAGAAGCACAAAGAACUUCAUGUUUUCCUCAAAUAUGUGUCUGGGUUUGACAGCGUGGACGAUGAAUCCAAACACAGUGAUCACAUGUUCUCCUUCAGGAGCCCAAAGCCAGAACAGUGGACUACAGAUGACAACCCUCCCUACAGCUACUACAUCUUCCACAUGUAUGCAAACAUCAUGGUCCUCAACAACCUCAGAAAAGAGCAAGGACUGAGCACCUUCCAGUUCCGUCCCCAUUGUGGCGAAGCGGGAUCAAUCACUCAUUUGGUCUCUGCCUUUCUCACAUCUGACAACAUCUCACACGGACUCAACUUGAAGAAGAGCCCUGUGCUGCAGUACCUGUACUACCUGGCCCAGGUGCCAAUUGCAAUGUCUCCACUCAGCAACAACAGCCUGUUCCUGGAAUACUCCAAAAAUCCUCUCAAAGAAUUCCUGCACAAAGGCCUGUGUGUGUCCCUGUCCACAGACGAUCCCAUGCAGUUCCACUACACCAAGGAACCACUGAUGGAAGAGUACGCUAUAGCUGCUCAGCUGUGGAAGCUCAGCACCUGUGAUGUGUGUGAGAUAGCCAGGAACAGUGUGCUGCAAAGUGGACUGUCCCACCAGGAUAAGAAGCACUUCUUAGGGGUGAACUAUCUAAAAGAUGGACCUGAAGGGAACGAUAUCCGUCGGACCAAUGUCGCCCAGAUCCGCAUGGCCUACAGACACGAGACCCUGUGCAAUGAACUUAGCUUCAUAGUCGACGCAGUGAAGUCUGAAGCUAUGGAUGAAUAAAGCGGACUGCAGCAUGCUGAGCUCUCAGUAAUCAACCAUUUAACAUUUACCUUUAUUUUGAAAAGUGCCAGUGAGUGACUGUGAUGAUUAAAAAAACAAAAAAAACAAUAUCCUGUCAAUUAAAAAGUCAUGCUUAGCUCAUCACAAGUUGAUAAGGAAGGAAUUUGGUAAAGUGAAGGCGCAUGCUUUGGAUUACUGGAUGACUGAUGGCACUUUGGCUCUCAAAGGUUUAGACAAAAGCUGUGGAGGCCCAUGUGAAUCCCAUCAUGUAUAAACAAUUGUACCUUACACUCCAUUUUGUGACGAGGGUAUGUCAUAAACUUGACGUUUUUCAGUUACUGUAUACCCCGUAUAUUAGACGUAGGAACACUUAUGGUUGAAAGGGCUUCACACAAUGUUAGUUCAGACCACUCUGAUAAGAGAUAAAUGAUGUCUGGGACAUUUUCUCUGUCUCUCCCUUUAAUAGCUUGUUUCAAAGAGGCUUCUGUGAGUUUUUUUGGAAAUAUAUCCAUAUUUUGAAAGAGUUGACAGAGAGUUCAUAAUGUCAUAUGUCUUUUUUAAAAAGUGUGUGAAACGUUGCGUUUACAUGUAUGUAUGUUCAU